AUGGAAAAGACGGAAACCACUGAGGUUGCUGUUGUUGGAGCUGGCCCAGCCGGGCUUACUUUGGCACUAUCCCUUGCCAGAUUUCACAUCCGAUCUGUCAUUUUGGAAAAAGAACAGGAAAUUACUUCUGACCCUCGAGGCGUGUACUUGACUGGAGAUGCUGUAAGAAUAUUACACCUCUUGGGCUUGGGAGACCAGCUGUCAUAUAUUGGACAUGAAGUGGACAAGGUUCAUUUUCAUCAAACAUCAUUCAGCUCCAAACCUUUUUUCUCUUUAAGAAUCGGCUCUUCAAACUCGCUGGAGCAGGUGGUCCCCGAGGGAAUUCUUCAAAUACAACCAAGAUUAGAAAGCGUGUUGAGAAGCAAAGUACAAGAAUCUCCUUGGUGUACACUCCGCAAGGGAUGUACCGUGACGUCUAGGCUGUCAGAGGACCCUCCAACCAUUGAAUACGUGGACCAUGACAACAAGGCACAUCGCUUAACUUCUCAGUGGCUGGUUGGGGCAGAUGGCAAAGCAGGGGUUGUGAGAAAGCAUUUUCUUGAACCUUCUGCAGGUAUCAGGCAAGAAUAUGGAACCUAUCCGUAUGAUGGGACGUGGGUAGCUGCGAACUUGAAGAUAUCGCUACCAAGUCGCCAAAGCCACCCUGAAUUUCCGCUAUGGAAUGAAGGGUACACGCCGGAUGAUGUAUACGACUUAUUUUGGCCUAAAGGAUGGCAUUUCUGCAGUCCACCGGGGAAGGCCACGGCUGCCGGAAGAUUUGGACCACACGAGGAACGAUUAUGGCGCCACGAGUUUCGACAAGACGAUAUCGAUGAUUCCGUCAAGGCGGAGGAACUUCUCUGGGACCAUAUCACGCCAAUGAUUACUCGUGAACGAGACGACCAGGGCUACAAGCUCUCGCAGCCGGUAACAUACCCACGAGACUGCAUCACCAUUCUUCGCUGCCGACCAUACAGAUUUACUCAUAAAGUCGUGAAUCGGUGGUUCGACAAGCGCACAAUCCUCAUCGGCGACGCAGCACACGUAUUUCCCCCGUUUGCAGGUCAAGGCAUAGCAAGUGGCUUACGCGACGCACAUCAACUGGCGUGGCGACUGUCCUUACUUGUACGUCGUGACGGCUGCAACAUCAAAGACACCACUUCUGCUCAGAGUCUUCUCACCUCCUGGGCACUAGAGCGAAGGAGAAGUGUUGACGACGCUGCCUUCUUCUCGAUGCUAAAUGGUCGGUUGUGCAACAAGCAGACACCUCUAUGGGCGCUUCUGGUUUUGAAAUUCCAAAUGUUUCUCGACUGGGCUGAGUUGUUUCCUCGCAGACUAGAUCCCCAGAGUCAGAAAGAACGCAGAGGCUUUUCUGACACUACCGGGGGAUUCUUCGUGCAGAGUCAUCAUGGAGGGGGUCGAAUGGCGCAGAUUUAUAUGUGGUCGACGCUGGCAAAGGCUCCGGUUCUGUCUGACGUUCUUCUUGGGAGAUCGAGGAGCGCAUUUACACUGAUCGUAAUGACUACAAGCGUGGAAUCCGACAAGUUCUACAACGAGGCGAAGAAGGCUAUUUUGAAUGCUCGCCUUGAUGCAUCAGUUUUGUCGGAGGAAUCCAUAUUGCUCCUGAGUCCUCAUAUUCGAACAGUUCAAGAUUCUCAGAAUCUUGAGCACAGUGGGAUGGACAUGUUUUAUCAGUAUAGUCCUAGCCAGGACGAUGGUGUCGGAUGUCAUGGCAGCUACGAUGCGGGUGCGUAUCUGAAUCGGCUUGGUCAAUCCACAAGGUUCGCCAUCGUUCGACCAGAUCUGUUUGUCUUUGCUUGUGCGAAGAGUACCUCGGAGCUGGCAGAGUGUUUGAGACUGCUAGGGGAGAAACUUAAUCAUAGGAUCGAAUAG